GCGCGAGAAUGGCAGUUGGCCGCGGCCUGCCUGCCAGUGCUCCGCCCUCUGCCGGCUCUUGACUAACGCCAAUGAAAAGCGUUUCUACUGCAAUUGAUGGUCGAAAGAGCCAAUCCCACCCUUCCAGGGCAGGAGCGCACGGAGGGAAGCGAGGUGGGCUCCGGAGCGGCCGCUGCUCAGACGCUGCGAGCCCUAAGGUCCCCUUAGCACGCCUUCUAUUGAAGAGCAGAAACUGACUGUCGUUUAGAUCUCUCAGUCCCAGAAACUUUCCUGGGGACUUGUCUAAUGGGAAAGUAGAGGGGUGAUUGUCUUCUUGGUGUUUGAAAAGGGGGUAUCCAGUGGGGCGGAGCUUGAGAGGGUUGGUGUGGAGUGAUUGAUAACUCUGUCAACCAAUAAGGCUACUAUGUCUGUCUCAGGAAAACCACAACUCAAUCUGGAUUUACGCGUAAUAGCGUAAUCACUCAUCAUUCCAUUUUGCUUGAUUAAAUCAUCCGGUUUUGAAACUGAAGGUCUCGAAAGCGAAGACUGGCACUCCUCAAAGUCUCACGACGGACAGCUAGCAGGCCGAUACUGAACAAAAGUCCCCCGCUCGAGGAGGCGUCACCCCUGGCAAACCAAACCUCAGUCCAUUGGCCCACAGGUCUCCGUGAUAGACGUCUUCCCAGACCAAUGACUUCCUGCGCUGGAGGCGGGUCUCACAUAGCGGGCCUAUGGGAGCCUACGUCAGCUCAGCCAAUAGGGUCAGGGCAGGGGGCGUGGCGGGAAGUUUGAAACUCGUAGCUUCGGGAGUUGAGCCUCGAGCUGCUGUGUACGCGAAGGUGGAAUUGGGGCCUGGCAUCCCCUCCUCGCCCCGAGCCGGGCCCUGCCCCCACCCUGCAACUCCUGGUUGAGAUGGGCUCAGUGAAGAGCCUCCCAGUCACUCCAGCAGGGCCUCCACCGCACAACAAGCAUCUGGCUCAAGUGGCAGACCCCCGUUCACCUAGUGCUGGCAUCCUGCGUACUCCCAUCCAGGUGGAGAGCUCUCCACAGCCAAGCCUACCAGCAGGGGAACAACUGGAGGGUCCCAAACAUGCCCAGGACUCAGAUCCCCGCUCUCCUACCCUUGGCAUUGCACGGACACCUAUGAAGACCAGCAAUGGAGACCCUCCAAGCCCACUGGUGAAACAACUGAGUGAAGUAUUUGAGACCGAAGCCUCCAAAUCAAAUCUUCCCGCAGAGCUUAUUCCGCCCCUGGAGGUAUCUUCAUGUUCUGAAUUGGGCUUGCCUCUGGGUACCCAGUUAUCCCUUGAGGAUCAGAUACCAGUUUGGAACCAGACUGAGCUCCCCUCUAAACAGGUGUUUUCCAAGGAGGAAGCAAGACAGCCCACAGAAACCCCCGUGGCCAGCCAUAGCUCAGACAAGCCUUUAAGAGAUCCCGAAACUCCCCGAUCUUCAGGUUCCAAGCGAAAUAGACGGAAACCAAAUGGCAAGGUACUAGGGAGAUCCCCCCUCACCAUCCUGCAAGAUGACAACUCCCCCGGGACCCUGACACCACGACAGGGUAAGCGGCCUUCCCCGCUAAGUGAAAAUGUUAGGGAAUUAAAGGAAGGAGCCAUUCUUGGAACUGGACGACUUCAGAAAACUGGAGGACGAGCAUGGGAGCAAGGCCAGGACCAUGACAAGGAAAAUCAGAACUUCCCCUUGGUAGACAGCUAGGCCCUGCAUGGUAUUGGCACUGGAUUCACCCAGGGCCUGGUGAUAUUCUGUGUCCUCUCACCCCUUUUUUCCCAGGGAGACUGAGGAAAGGCUUGUUUUCUUGACUCCUCCUAACCUACCAAUCUGGGACUGAGAGCUUUAUUGGGAUUUCUUUGUGUCUUUUGUGUUUCUUGUAUAUUAAAGGAAGUGGUUUUAAAUGCUUUUAAAAGGUA